ACGUUCAAUUUCCGGGUGGUAUUCUAGAAAAAAAGCACAAUUAUUAAUUGUGUAAAAUGUAAUGUAAACAACAGUUGUAAUCGUUUCAGAAUAGAAUACGAGUUAAUACUCAGUUAACGUUGACGCGUCGAAGGCUAGCUCGGCUUGCUUUCCUGCCAACAAAGCGACCCGGAAGUUAUCAACGCGGACCUCAAAGUGUUGCGAUUGUGUGAAAGAGAGCGUUGGUGAAUCGGCGACUAACUGCGUCUGUUGAAGAAAUGUUUGCAGCGUGAGAAAGGCCGAUAGCGGAGUACGAAGAGGAAGGGGCUUUCUCGAACAAAAGAAGAGAGCGAGGACAACCUCCACUACCGGAAGCUGUUUUCAAGAAGUUGUGUUUCUCAGAGCAGAAGACAGUGAGGCAGCAGGAGUGGAACUGCAGGAUGGAGCAGAAGGAAAAACAGCCCCGCCACAUUAAGGAGGAAGAGGAGGAUCCAAUGUUCCUCUACAUUAAAGAGGAAUCGGAGGAGCCACUGUUUGCUUACAUUAAAGAGGAAGCAGAGGAGCCGCAGCCCAUCUUUAUUAAAAACGAGGAAGAUCACAGCAUCAGUCAGGAGGAUCAUGAAGGACUGGAGAUUAUUGUUGUCCCUGUAAAGAUUGAUGAUGAUGAAAAUGAAGGUCAAAGCGAGGACGACAGAGAGGUGGAGCCUCCAAGCGGCAGCUCCAGUCAUCACACAACAGCAGACACUGAUGGAGACCACUGUGGACGAUCACAAGCAGAAAACCUCUUAGCUCCACUAUCAGAUGGCGACGACAUAACGUCACGCUCUCCUGACGCUGAUGAUUCAAAACCUGGCAUGACAUGUCACACUGACGAAAAACCCUGGAAAUGCUGUCAGUGCGAUAAAACCUAUGCUAACAAGCGAUAUCUGAAAACACACAUGAAACGUCACACAGGUGACAAACCUUUUGUGUGCUCAGUUUGUGGUAAACGAUUCUAUCAAAAAGAAGAUUUGAAUAGACACACAAGAAUACACACCGGAGAGAAACCUUUUCCUUGCUCGGUGUGUGGUAAAAGCUUCUAUCAGAAAGGCGAUUUAAAUAGACACACAAGCAUACACACGGGAAAGAAACCAUUUCCUUGCUCAGUUUGUGGCAAAGGAUUUGUUAAUAAGACACAUUUGAAAGAACACACAAGAGUACACACUGGAGAAAAACCUUUUCUUUGCACGGUGUGCGGGAAAAGUUUCUCUCAAAAAGGUGUUUUUGAAGCACACAAAAGACUACACGCUGGAGAGAGACCAUUUCCUUGCACGGUGUGCGGCAAAAGAUUCUGUCAUAAACGCGUUUUAUUAAAACACACAGGAGUACACAUGAUAGAGAAACCUUUUCCUUGCUCGCUGUGUGGUAAAGGAUUCUCUCGAAAGUGUGAUUUAGAAGCACACAUGAGAACACACAGUGGAGAGAAACCUUUUUCCUGCUCAGUUUGUGCUAAAGGAUUCAAUGAAAGGUCCAAUUUGAAAGAGCACAUCAAAAUACACACUGGAGAGAAACCUUUUUUUUGUACCGUGUGUGGUAAAAGAUUCUAUCACAAAGGUAAUUUGAAUGGACACACUAGAGUACACACUGGGGAGAAACCCUUUCCCUGCACAGUUUGUGGUAAAAGUUUCUCCUGGAAAAUUUCUUUAAUCAGACACACAAGAACACACACUAGUGGACAUGCAAAGCAAGACAAUAUUAGGGGUGUUUUAGAAUAGUCUUCGAUUUGGAGGCGUGUGAUUCGAUGUUCGAUCUCACAGUUGAUUAAUGAAAAUGUUAGGCGAUCAACAUGGUACUGUACCAUGUCAUGUUUGAUCAAUACUGUUGAAAAACAAUGUUGCAUUUAAAUUAAACGGAAACU